GGAGCCGUUAAACUGAGGCGAGAACGAGGAAGCAGUCCGCCUGUCAUUUGGAAAACUUACGGUAACAACGCGACUAAGCAAAAUGCCUGAAGCCGACAUUGCACUGAUUGGUUUGGCUGUCAUGGGCCAAAACCUCAUCAUGAACAUGAAUGACCAUGGCUUCGUCGUGUGCGCCUACAACCGCACUGUGUCCAAGGUGCAUGACUUCCUGCAGAACGAGGCAAAGGGCUCCAAGGUGAUUGGCGCAGAGUCACUCAAAGACAUGGUGUCCAAGCUGAAGAAGCCCAGGAGGAUCGUCCUGCUGGUCAAGGCCGGGCAGGCCGUGGACGACUUCAUCGACAAGCUGGUUCCCCUCCUUGAGGCCGGGGAUAUCAUUAUCGACGGCGGCAAUUCUGAAUAUAGAGACACGACUCGGCGCUGUAAGAGUCUGAAAGAGAAGAACAUGCUGUUUGUGGGCAGCGGAGUCAGCGGGGGCGAGGAGGGGGCACGCUACGGACCCUCACUCAUGCCAGGAGGACAUCCAGAGGCCUGGCCUCACAUUAAAGACAUCUUUCAGAGCAUCGCUGCCAAAGUGGGAACAGGAGAGCCCUGCUGUGAUUGGGUGGGAGAUGAGGGCGCGGGUCAUUUUGUCAAAAUGGUUCACAAUGGUAUCGAGUACGGCGACAUGCAGCUGAUUUGUGAGGCCUAUCACCUGAUGAAGGACGUGCUUGGCCUGGACCACGACCAGAUGGCCAAGACUUUCGAUGACUGGAACAAGACUGAGUUGGACUCGUUCCUGAUCGAGAUCACCGCUAACAUUCUCAAGUAUCGAGAUGCCGACGGCAAGCAUUUGUUGCCCAAGAUCCGCGACAGUGCGGGACAGAAAGGCACGGGCAAGUGGACUGCUAUAUCAGCCCUGGAAUACGGCACUCCGGUGACUUUGAUCGGAGAGGCCGUCUUCGCCCGGUGUCUGUCCUCCCUCAAAGACGAGAGGGUGGAGGCCAGCCAGAGGCUCACGGGGCCGGCGGGAGUCACGUUCACCGGUGACAAGGUUGCCUUCUUGGAGGACAUCAGGAAGGCCCUGUAUGCCUCCAAGAUCAUCUCCUACGCGCAGGGUUUCAUGCUGCUGCGCCAGGCUGCCAAAGAAUUCGGCUGGUCCCUCAACUACGGCGCCAUUGCUCUAAUGUGGAGAGGAGGCUGCAUUAUCCGCAGCGUGUUCCUUGGCAAAAUCAAGGAGGCCUUUGACAGGGACGCAGAGUUGCAGAGCUUGUUGUUGGACUCUUUCUUCAGUGAUGCUGUGCAGGAGUGUCAGGUGUCGUGGCGUCGAGCGGUCAGCACAGGCGUCCAGCACGGCAUCCCCAUGCCUUGCUUCACUACCGCUUUGUCUUUCUACGACGGUUACAGGCACAACAUGCUGCCUGCCAACCUCCUCCAGGCUCAGAGAGAUUACUUUGGGGCUCACACGUACGAGCUGCUGACCGAGCCGGGCCGCUUUAUCCACACCAACUGGACAGGACACGGUGGAAAUGUUUCGUCUUCCUCCUACAAUGCGUAGAAAGAAGAACAGCGGCGUACACGUCAAAGAAGAACAUGGCAAACACACCGAGUACAAAAGAGGACAUGUCACACAUUCCACCAGUAUAACCACAGCAAUUUUAACUCGUAUCAGUCACGUGUUGUGCAAAUUGUAUCUUUCCGGCCAUAGAAUGUGUUGCUACAUUGUCAAACUUAGGCUGGAUUUCAACACUGGAUUUAAGGUGAAGCUUUGCACUCUGCUGUACUAGGCUAAAUAAAGAUUUCAAUCCCUUUAUAA